UGCUAGCUGAGAGGCUAAGGGCGGAGUGAGUGGGUGGGUGGGUGAGUGAGUGAGAGAGACAUGGCGAAGUGGGGACACGGAGAUCCGCGCUGGAUUGUGGAGGAAAGAGCGGACGCUACGAAUGUUAACAACUGGCACUGGACAGAGCGUGAUGUCACGGGCUGGUCACAGGAGAUUCUGAACGAGCUUCUUCUCAGAGUCCGUGUGGAAAAUGAAGAUGGUUUCUGCCAAAUCACAGACGUCAGCAAGAUCGAGGGCGAGGCGUCCAUUAACAACCGCAAAGGCAAGCUCAUCUUCUUCUACGAGUGGACCAUUAAAGCUUCAUGGACCGGAACCUCAAAAACCGGGAUUAAGUACAAGGGCAAUGUUGAGGUGAUGAACGUCUCAGAUGAAAAUGACAUGGACGACCUGGAUAUCUGCAUUACAGCGUGUAAAGACCAGCCCACUACACCUCUCACUGCCCUCAUGAAGAAGGAGGGAGAGAAGGAGGUCAAACUGGCUCUACAGGGCUACGUGUCCCACCUGAGAAAAGAGUUCUCUCAGGGUAUGAUCCUGCCUACAGCGAAAGGGGUCAGUACACAGCAGCAAGCUCAGACAAACGUCAAACUGGAGAAGAAGAACCCGAGCGUCUCCUCCACCACCUCUAAAUCUCCUGGCUCUGGAGUGAAGAUCCCCACAGUUUCGUUUAGUCUGAAGGAGACGUUCUUCACCUCGCCUGAGGAGCUUUACAGAGUUUUCCUCAAGCAGCAGAUGGUUGAGGCGUUUACGCACCUCGCCGCCUGCGUGGACGGAGUGAGAGGAGGACAGUUCCGGCUGCUGGAGGGAAACGUGCACGGAGAGUUCGCUGAACUGGUACCAAACCAGAAGAUCGUCAUGAGGUGGAAGUUUUCAUCCUGGCCUGCAGGACACUUCUCGACAGUCACGCUGGACUUUACAGACCGAGGCAGUGAGACAGAACUGUCUGUGGAGGCUAAAGGCGUGCCGAGCAGUGAGGAGGAGAGGAUGAAGGAGGGAUGGCAGAGAUAUUACUUUGAUGCCAUUAAACAGACAUUCGGUUACGGAGCUCGGAUCUGCUGAGCCCCAGUUUUCUCAUUUAUUUUUAAAAGCACAGUGAUGCUGUGAUGACCAGCGUGAAAACAUCUUGAACAGAAGUGUGUUUGUGUAAUAAGUAAGGAAUUAAACACUCUGUGUGUGGUGCCGUUACAGUAAAACAAUCAGUGAUGACGCAGAGUCGCUGUUACUAACCUGAAAUUAACUGUCUUCCUAUAACAGCACGUCCCCGAGUGUUUUAUUCCCCUUACACCACAGCAACUUUCCGACAAAAAACACAGCAUAUCGUGUUACCGAGCAACCGCAAAGAAGCGUAAACUCGUCUGUCCUGAAGACGUCGGAAAUCUUACAGUUCCAGCUUUACCUCUGACUGUUACAAAGCGCUGACACUGGAGACUCCUUCCAUACAUGUUACAUAAACACAUUUCUCCUUACAGAAAUCUUCAUCACAUCAACGAUUACACUUUUUUUUUAAUUACAGAAGUUCCUGUGACUGAGCUGUUGCUAUAGAAACGAUAACACUACAACGAUGGCGAAUUACAGAUCAAAAACAUUUCAGUAAGUUAGUAUGAGUUGGUAUAGCAACACAAACACUCAAUCUGUGUUUGUUUGAUUAGUAAAAAGUUAACGAGGUGAUUAUUUAAUUAGAGACACAUCACUGACUCGUCUUUAGCACGCUGGAUUUAAUCUUUUGUUUCCCCUCCGAGUCCGUGUCGAGUUUUAACAGAUGAAAAUGAGCUGAAAAUCAUCUCAUCUCAUAAGAUCUCACUUUUCCUCUAUAGCCACAGUAAAGCAGUGUGAUUUGUGGACGUGUACCUGUGAGUGCCGUGAGAACCGAGCGCUUCUGAUGCAGUGUCUGACCUUCUCCAGUGAGGGUUUUUUUAACAUUAAACAUUAAACACACGAUUCAGGAAGAUGAUAUGAACUUGAAUUAUUUAUCAUGAAGUAUUUCAUCAUUAUAUAAACAGAUAAAGACACUCUGAGGCUUGUCGUUAUUAUGCGUUCUUCUUUGUACACAUUUUAUCAGGUGAACAAUUUCAAACUUUUAUCAAUUUGCAAGUGUGCAAAGUAUUGGCACCCCCUACCCCAUCCAUCCAUCUAUCCAUCAGUGAAAAGAGAGUACAACAAAUAGAAGAAGGAUCUGUUGUGGUUUUCAUUAGUGUCGGUGUUGAUAUGAGGAUUUUCAGUAUCAGGUUUAUGUCCACGUCCAACUAGAUUUAAUUCUGAUCACGGUGAUCAAUUCAGGAGAUCUGAGAUGCAUUUUAGCCACGUUAUAUAAAAGUGUAAAUGUAUUUCUCUCGACCCAAACCUCUCCAAAUGAUGCAGACGACACACAUGCUCGAAGUCGGGGCCUUUAAAAACAUUAGUAAGUAUAAAAAGGUAUAAAAGUAUCUCUGAUCUCUCUUCAGAAGACAGUAAGGACUUUGUUAGCGAUGUAUAAAGGUACAUUUUUUAACUGUUAAAGCUAAUCCUGAGAGAGAGAGAGAGAGAGAGAGAGAGAGAGAGAGAACAGAAAACUAUCAACAGAUCAAACACAGUUUGGCAGCAAAACAGGAAUGAAUACACGGGAGAAGAAGAAAAAUCAGGAUUUUUGAUGCGAUUUUUGAUGAUACUGGAGUUUGAUGAUUGAAGAUAAUGAGCUCAUUUGCAUAUUAACACAUAAUACAGCACUGAAUAUUAAUAAUAAUAUGAGUCGUGUUUGAUUGCAGGUGUAAAUACACAUGUUUAAAAUCUCAUCCAUAUCAUAAGCUGUACUGUGACCUGUAGCUCAGGCAGAACUAAUAAACUGAAAAUGUUAUAAAAUGUAAAAAUAUAACUUAAUUCGAAUUGAGCCAUUAAUUAAUUAUUUAAUUAAACUACCUCACUAGAGCAUGGAUCAUGUAGGGGUAGAGGUAGAGGGGUGCCAAUACUUUGUACACCUGCGAAUUGACCAGUUCAUCUGAUAACAAGUGC